UGAAGGUCACAAAAUGUCCGGGGGUGACGGGCCUAUGAGUACAUGCAAGGGAAGGCGGAGGUAUUCCAGUCUAAGUGGGGAGAAAUACAUGGUCGUUUGGGAUACUCAUAAGGUUAAAAAGGCGUUCUUCGCCCUCGUCUACAACGGAGUACGGGUGGCUAUCCUGUGGGACUCGGACGAACAACGACAUGUUGGCAUGCUCACCAUCACCGAUUUUAUCCGCAUCCUACAUCAGUAUUAUCGGUCCCCAACUACCCCAAUGACCGAGUUGGAGAACCAUCAAAUUAAGACUUGGCGAGGUACAAGCAUACGCUUUGUUACACUUUCAACUGUUCAACCCAUCUUGUUUUGUGCUUUCUUCCAAACAGAACAACUGACAGAUUAUCAACGUCCGCUGAUCAGUAUUACUCCAGAGAAGACAUUGCUGGAAGCAGUACAAAAGUUGCUUAACCACAAAGUGCACAGGCUCCCGGUGAUCGACCCGAUCGGCGGGAACCCCUUACACAUUCUGACGCACAAACGUGUGCUGAAGUAUCUAUAUAUUCAUCUGAAUCAACUACCCAGUCCAUCGUUCAUGUCAAAGAAGUUGCGCGACUUGAAAUUGGGCACGACUGACGGGGUGAUCACUGUCAAUCAGGACUGUCCACUUCACCGAACUCUUCAGCUCUUCAUCGAACAUCGGGUAUCUGCUCUACCGGUUGUAGACUCAAAUGGCCAUCUGGUUGAUAUCUAUGCUAAAUUCGACGUCAUUAAUUUGGCGGCAACACGAACCUAUCAGAAUUUAGAUAUCACCGUCUAUGAUGCGCUCAACUAUCGUCGCGGUAAAUUCCAAGGUGUAGCCACUUGUCAGUUGGAUGAUACGCUGGAGUCAAUUGUCAACCGAAUAGCUGAGGCCGGUGUUCAUCGUUUGGUAAUCGUCGAGGACAACAAAGUUAUUGGCGUCGUUUCCCUGUCCGAUCUGCUCCGUUUCCUCAUUUCCGAACCGCUGGUCGAAGCCAUGGUGACGUGACCGAGUUGCUGCCAACCUUAGUCACACACUGACCAUAAUAUCCCAAAACCAUCGAGCGUCUUUCCCGUUGCGUCUUUAUUUGCUCUUUCGCAUAGCUUUUCGCUCUCUUGCCACACUCCAGCAACGCGUCAAUCCUGCCCCCAUCCGUCACUCUUUUGACGGGCUCAUCGUCAUUUUAGACAACCCAACCACGACAUGAAAGGUUUAUUCUAUUAUUACUAUUAUUAUAACUAUUCAUACUCAACCUCGACUAGUUUAUUUUCGUCAUUUUCACCGAGUUUGUUUUGUUGCUGUAUCGCGGAAUUCUGUCUUUGGCUGGCGGGGAUGCAAAAUUUGUCCCAUUUUCCUCUGUAUCUCUCGUCAGACAGCUGACAAGCCAUUCGUCACAAUGAUCAAACUUCGGUCUCGUUAUACCGGCGCCGUCCUGUUUGAGAAAAAUCACCGACCAUUGGUGAUACCGGCAUAAUGAAUUCAGCUGAGUCAUAUGCGAUUUUCACAAACAAAUGCAAUGCUCUCCCAGCUUAGGCAACGCUCUUAGAACUUCACUUGGUGACAGAGUAGUCAACAACAGCUAUUUGUAUCUAGGUGUUUUUCAACAACAAUGUGACUGAUCCAACUGUUCAGUUCUCGUCAGCUGAGUCCCCGAGUACCGGCAACGUUAGCAUACAAACGAAUUUCUGUAUAAAGACUCGAG